UUUGUGCGUAUAUUAGUCAUUCACUCUCUUCUCAGACUCCCCACACACACGUCCUUCUCUCAUUCAUCUUCCCCUACCUUCGGAUUGACGAAAAUGGUGAUGUUCAAGAUCAUUCGCGUCGAGACUACGCCGUUCGAAGGCCAGAAGCCUGGUACUUCCGGUCUCCGUAAGAAGGUGAAGGUGUUCAUACAACCUCAUUACUUGCAAAAUUUUGUUCAGGCAACAUUCAAUGCCCUUGGAGCUGACAGAGUUAAAGGUGCUACGCUUGUGGUUUCUGGUGAUGGCCGCUACUAUUCAAAGGAUGCCAUCCAGAUCAUUACAAAAAUGGCAGCAGCAAAUGGAGUUAGACGUGUUUGGAUUGGUCAAAAUGGACUUUUGUCCACCCCUGCCGUAUCAGCUGUUGUUCGUGAGAGAGUCGGGGCUGAUGGUUCUAAAGCUACUGGGGCAUUUAUAUUGACCGCAAGUCACAACCCAGGUGGCCCUCAUGAGGAUUUUGGAAUUAAGUACAACAUGGAAAAUGGUGGACCUGCACCAGAAGGUAUAACAAACAAGAUCUAUGAGAACACCACAACAUUAAAGGACUACUUGAUUGCCGAGGGCCUGCCUGAUGUGGACAUAUCUACAACAGGUGUCUCGAGCUUUGAGGGUCCAGAGGGCAAAUUUGAUGUUGAUGUUUUUGAUUCAACUAGCGACUAUCUAAAAUUGUUGAAGUCAAUAUUUGACUUCCCAUCUAUCCAGAAGUUGCUCUCUUCUCCAAAUUUUAGUUUCUGCUAUGAUGCACUUCAUGGUGUUGCUGGAGUACAUGCAAAACGUAUCUUUGUGGCGGAGCUUGGUGCAAAUGAAAGCUCUCUAGUAAAUUGUGUUCCUAAGGAGGAUUUUGGUGGAGGGCAUCCCGAUCCCAAUCUGACAUACGCAAAGGAGUUAGUUGCACGUAUGGGAUUGUCUACAACGCAUUCCGAACCCAAUCCACCAGAAUUUGGGGCAGCUGCUGAUGGAGAUGGGGAUCGUAACAUGAUCCUGGGGAAAAGAUUCUUUGUGACUCCUUCUGAUUCUGUUGCUAUCAUUGCUGCCAACGCUGUACAAGCUAUUCCUUAUUUUUCUGGAGGAUUGAAAGGAGUUGCCAGGAGUAUGCCCACAUCUGCUGCUCUUGAUGUUGUUGCUAAACAUCUGAACUUGAAAUUUUUUGAGGUACCCACUGGUUGGAAAUUUUUUGGUAACUUGAUGGAUGCUGGAAUGUGUUCAAUUUGUGGAGAAGAAAGUUUUGGAACUGGCUCAGACCAUAUUCGAGAGAAAGAUGGAAUAUGGGCUGUUUUGGCUUGGUUAUCUAUCCUUGCCUAUAAAAAUAAGGACAACCUUGGGGGAGGUAACCUUGUGACUGUUGAAGAUAUCGUUCGCCAACAUUGGGCAACCUAUGGACGUCACUAUUACACUCGAUAUGACUACGAGAAUGUUGAUGUUGGUGCUGCAAAAGAGCUUAUGGCUCAUUUAGUGAAGCUGCAAUCUUCCCUGGAUGAAGUUAACAAGAUUAUAAAGGGAAUCCAUUCAGAUUCAGAUGUUUCAAGUGUCGUUCAUGCUGAUGAAUUUGAGUACAAGGACCCA